AUGGAAGGCGAAUCCAGCAUGAAGCUGAUUAACGUGGUCGCACACGUCCACCUUAACCUUCUCUUCCCCUUUACCCAUAUAGUAUGUAUCUUCGCCGAUGACCUCGGGGGAAAUCUAGCUUGUGCUCGAUACCUGGAGACCUGGCUUGAGCUUGGCGUGUGGACCGCCGACGGCAACGCCCGUACAUGUCCACAAUUGGUCAUCGUGACCACUGAUACUGUGGAAGUGAAUGCCCUUGUACAGACUGAAUCCCAUACCAAGUUCGCCUCGUUCUUUGACUCAUUGGUCAUUUUGACCUCCAGUGUGUCGAAAUCGCCGAGUGACCCGGCGUCACAAUUUCUUCAAGCACGUCUGGCAUACAUCCUUGAUGAUGUGCGUGACGACCAUCGGAGCCGCCAUCUCCUCUUCAGUGCCCAACAUAUGGUGGAGGCAUUCGCUGGGGCGGUCCAACAGUUUGUGCGAGGACCAAGGAAAGCCGUGGAUUUGUUCACAUGCCUAGCACCGCCCAUCGACCCUCUGUCCAACUUCAAUGUUAUUUUACAGAGAUUUUUCUCCAUUGCGGCCAAGAUGGGCGUCGCUCCAGCAGUCGUCUUUGACUUCAUUGCGUCUGCAAUGUUGGUACAGGCCUAUCAGAAGCAAAGCCACCGCUUUGCUCCAACGCGAGUAUUCGACGUCUUCUUCUAUCGAGAUUUGGACUCAUGUCAGACUGUUCCAUGCUACGAUAACGUUUUGGCCAUUCGGGCUCGGUUCCUGGACCAUUUCAAGUCUCUUGGGCCGGGAGCUUCCGCCAUUGUGACGCGGCAGAAAAUUUUGCGGCAACAGCGGCCUCAAUGGAGGACCCUGAAAUCAACCACACAUUGUUUUCUCUGCAUGGCAAGGCCGUCAGAAAGGAUGUUACUUUGUGGCCACAGCUUAUGCGAGGAAUGUAUUCGAGACUACUACCCGGCAGAUAUAGCCCCAUACACGUACUGUGUUGGCAUUUGCGAAUUCUGUGGCGUCGAUGCUCUCAGUGUUUUCUCUUGCAAACCUGUCACGGUGGAGCCGAAUAUUGCUGCGAUUGACGGUGGCGGUGUGCGCGGCGUGGUUGCCUUGGUGCUAUUAAAACGUUUACAGGCUGCGCUUGAUACUGGUCAACCAAUCUGGGAGUACUUCGAUUCUUUCAUCGGAACAAGUGUCGGAGGGCUCAUUGUCCUAGACCACGUGGUCUGCGGAUCAUCAGUCGAUGCGAGCAUUGAACGUUUGGCAAUCAUAUCUCGACGCAUUUUCCCGAGUAAAUCGUAUGGUACUAUGGCGCUCUUUCGACGUCUACUUGAUUGGCUGGCUUGGUGGUUCAGCGACAAUAAGUAUGACUCGGGAGUACUGGACGACGUGGUACAAGACGCCUUUGGUGUUCAUCAACGUUUGUUUGAUUCGCGAAGCCAACAUCCGGCGGGGGUCAAAGUUGCAGUAACGGCAACCACCGUGUCGACUUCUCAACUUCGACUCUUCACCAACUACAACGGAUUGGCGAGGUCCAAGCAAGGCAAGGGCUAUGCUAUUCUACGGCCCCUCCAACCUUCAGCGGAGCCGUAUCUAUGGGAAAUUGCCCGAAGCACCGCUGCAGCUCCAGGUUACUUUCGGCCCAAAGAGAUUGCACCAUUCGGUGCAUUGCAGGAUGGAGGCAUUAGAGCUAAUAAUCCAACAGAUACGGCUCUGUGGGAACUGAAUUGCAUCUGGCCCGAGUCAAACGGGCCUCACCUGGUUCUCUCCGUUGGGACGGGUUGCCAAAAACCUGUGAGUCAUGAAUUAGGGCCGUAUCGCGGCGUAUGGUUGGACGGAUUCAUUCCGAGAAUCCUGCGUGCCUUUUUAUCUUCGCCGUCCUUAGACGCUGAAAGCAGUUGGAUGGCUCUCUGGAAUCGUCUGGAUGCCAAUACCCGAGAGCAUUACCACCGCCUGUCUUGUGAAUUCGAUGGCGAGCUGCCCGAUCUGGAUGACAGCUCCCAGAUUCCUCGACUGAUUCACAUGACCAAGAGCAGUACUGUCGACUAUGACACAUUGAAGU